ACGACUCCCCGGACGGCGUUUCUCCUCCGAGCGGCGCCGGUUUCGGCUUUGGGGGGGGGGCGGGGGUACAGCCCAUCCAUGACCAUGGGCGACAAGAAGAGCCCGACCAGGCCAAAAAGACAAGCGAAACCUGCCGCAGACGAAGGCUUUUGGGAUUGUAGCGUCUGUACCUUCAGAAACAGCGCUGAAGCCUUUAAAUGCAGCAUCUGCGAUGUGAGGAAAGGCACCUCCACCAGAAAACCUCGGAUAAAUUCUCAGCUGGUUGCACAACAAGUGGCACAACAGUAUGCUACCCCACCACCACCUAAAAAAGAGAAGAAAGAGAAAGUUGAAAAGCAAGACAAAGAAAAACCUGAGAAAGAUAAAGAAAUUAGUCCUAGUGUUACCAAGAAAAAUACCAACAAGAAAACAAAACCAAAGUCCGAUAUUCUGAAAGACCCUCCUAGCGAAGCAAACAGCAUACAGUCUGCAAAUGCUACAACAAAGACCAGUGAAACAAAUCACACCUCAAGGCCCCGGCUGAAAAACGUGGACAGGAGCACUGCACAGCAGUUGGCAGUAACUGUGGGCAACGUCACCGUCAUUAUCACAGACUUUAAGGAAAAGACUCGCUCCUCCUCAACAUCCUCAUCCACAGUGACCUCCAGUGCAGGGUCAGAACAGCAGAACCAGAGCAGCUCGGGGUCGGAGAGCACAGACAAGGGCUCCUCCCGUUCCUCGACGCCAAAGGGUGACAUGUCAGCAGUAAAUGAUGAAUCUUUCUGAAGUUGCACAUGGAAUUGUGAAAACUAUGAAUCAGGGUAUGAAAUUCAAAUCCUCCACCUGCCCAUGCUGCUUGCACCCCUGGAGAUUCUUCUGUGGACAUCGACCUCUUAGUGACGCUACCAGGAUAAUUUCUGCUUGCCAUGGGCAUCUGGCCACCAAGGAAUUUCGCACCCUGACGAUUACUCUUGACACUUUUAUGUAUUCCAUUGUUUUAUAUGAUUUUCCUAACAAUCAUUUAUAAUUGGAUGUGCUCCUGAAUCUACUUUUUAUAAAAAAAAAACAAAAAAAAAAUCUGCUGUGCACAAUUUUCCAUGUACAUUACAACUGGUUUUGGUUUUGGUUUUUUU